UAAGAAACCGCCAGGCAGAUUCAAGAGAUAAACCAGCGUUUGGUAGGAAAGAAAAUUAGAAAGAAAAAGAAAAAACAAAAAAAAAAAGAAAGGAGAGAGAAGAGAGAAAGAAGCUCUCUGGAAUUUUCUUUCCUUUGAGGACCAGGAAUCCCAAUCCCAAGGGACCGCCUGAUUACCUUUUUCUCUUCUUUCCUGGUUCGUUUGGGUUUCCUCUCUCCCCCCCAAUAUAUUUAUUCACCCUUCCAGAUUCUCUAGUUCUCCCCCAAGAAUCGUCAACGAACAUUCGGAUUUUGAAUUUGCCUUCUUAAUUCUCUUUCGCAGAGCAUUAACGAAAUCAAAUCCUCCAUACAGAAAUCGAAAUCGAAAUCGAGAUGGCGGAAGAACAUCGGUGCCAGGCUCCACAACUAUGCGUCAACAACUGCGGCUUCUUUGGAAGCCCAACGACGCAGAACUUGUGUUCCAAAUGCUACCGUGACUUGCAGCUCAAGGAACAACAGACGCUCGCUCUCAACCAAACCUUAAUCUCAUCCGCCUCUGCCUCCUCUUCCUCCCACUCGUUCUUGUCUCCGCUGAUCCCUGCCUUUCACUUAAUCUCAUACUGUCAAAAUCAAAUCCUCCAUACAGAAAUCGAAAUCGAAAUCGAGAUGGCGGAAGAACAUCGGUGCCAGGCUCCACAACUAUGCGUCAACAACUGCGGCUUCUUUGGAAGCCCAACGACGCAGAACUUGUGUUCCAAAUGCUACCGUGACUUGCAGCUCAAGGAACAACAGACGCUCGCUCUCAACCAAACCUUAAUCUCAUCCGCCUCUGCCUCCUCUUCCUCCCACUCGUUCUUGUCUCCGCUGAUCCCUGCCUCGCCGUCGCACGACGCGCGGGUGGAGCGCGUGGUGGAAAAGAAGGAGGAAGAGGAGAAGGACGUGGAGGGCCCGCCGGCAGCGAAGCAGGCGAACAAGUGCACGACGUGCAGGCGGCGCGUGGGAUUGACGGGGUUCAAGUGCAGGUGCGGGAUGACGUUCUGUGGGACCCACCGGUACCCGGAGCAGCACGCGUGCGGGUUCGACUUCAGAGCGAUGGGGAAGGAGCAGAUCGCCAAGGCCAACCCGGUCGUCAAGGGCGAGAAGCUGCAGAGGAUCUGAGAAUUGUUUAAAAUUGUCAGGGUUAUAAUUGUCUUUUUACUUUUCGUUGUUUGGGAAAUUUCGGUCGGGGUCUUUGUUUAUUGCGUGGUCCUUCCUUGUAAAAAUUUAAUUUAAUGAUAAUUUAAUGGUUUCGCU